AAAAAUAUCUCAGCUUCUCUGAGGAAGUCAGGAUUUAAAGCUAUGGACAUGGCUCUUCAUUUUCCUUGUGUGUACUCGUCGAUCAAACAAGGAUUCACGAGAGCCAAUCAUCUUCAUGUUCGAGCUUUAACUGAAUUUGGACAGAUUGCAGGUUCCCCUCCACCAAGGUUUGGUUAUAGUCUUUCAAGAACAGCAUCUAAUGGCGAUAGAAGAAGCUGGCCUCGAGAGGAAGCUUCUUCAAUGAAAGGGUCUGUUUGUUGCCAGAAACGGUCUGAUGAACGGAGCUCAAGUCCGAGCACAUCAAAGCAAAAAGAGAUCAUUUCGCUCUUCAGACGGAUUCAAUCUUCUAUCUCCAAAGGAGAGUCUCGGGGAGCUGAAGAGAAGAACAGCGACAAGUCUUCUGAGAGAGAGUCGCUGAGCAACGCAAUUCUUGACGUUCUUGAGAAACCAAGAACGAAAACUGAGGGAGAUACUGGCGUGACGACGGAGUCAUCAAAGAGACAAGGAAACGUAGCUAAGCCAGUCUCUAGUUUUGCUAAGAGAUCUCCUACUAGGCCUUCUACUACAGGUCCAACAGGUAAGCUUCCAACAACAAAGAGCGAUAAAGCUUUGGAAGAAACAGAGAAGGAAGAAAAGCCCCCAUUGAUAGAAACUAUGAAACUUGCAGAGCUCAAAGAAGUUGCAAAGAACAGAGGAAUCAAAGGUUACUCAAGGUUGAAGAAGAAUGAGAUCCUGGAGCUACUAAGAUCAUCCUAA